GCCCGGUGCGCUUCCGGGGCGGCCGAGGGGCUUCCUGCGCUACGGCCGCGGUGCUGCCGCCGGGAUGAUCAACGCCAUCCUCGUCUUCAACAACCACGGGAAGCCGCGGCUCGUCCGCUUCUACCAGCACCUGGCAGAAGAGGUGCAGCAGCAGAUCAUCCGCGACACCUUCCACCUGGUGCUGAAGCGCGAUGACCACAUCUGCAACUUCCUGGAGUGCGGCAGCUUGUUCGGCGGCUCGGACUACAAGCUGAUCUACCGCCACUACGCCACGCUGUACUUCGUGUUCUGCGUGGACUCCUCGGAGAGCGAGCUGGGCAUCCUGGACCUCAUCCAGGUGUUCGUGGAGACGCUGGACAAGUGCUUUGAGAAUGUCUGUGAGCUGGACCUCAUCUUCCACAUGGACAAGGUCCACCACAUCCUGCAGGAGAUGGUGAUCGGCGGGAUGGUGCUGGAGACCAACAUGAACGAGAUUGUGGCGCAGGUGGAGGCCCAGGGCAAGCUGGAGAAGGCAGAGGGAGGCCUCUCAGCUGCUCCUUCCCGCGCUGUGUCGGCUGUGAAGAACAUCAACCUGCCCGAGAUCCCCCGCAACAUCAACAUCGGGGACAUCAACAUCAAAGUGCCCAACCUGUCGCAGUUCAUGUGAGCAGCCCGUGCUGGGGGCUGCCCGCCAAGCAGAGCGGGGGUCCUGGGCUCCUCCCGGGGCUCUGCAUGUGCCACACAGGGGCCGAUGGUGGCCGAGGGUAGGGAGCGGUGACAGGGCUCAGAGAACGAGCUGGGGAGUCCCUCCCUCUGGACCUGGGCUCAGCUCUGCUCUCUGGUCCCCCAACAAGGAGGGUGCUCUUCCUUCCCCUCGCUCCCUGCGGACACACAGCCUCUCCUUGCUGUGGGGAAGGGCUGGCUCCUGCCUCUCCCGGGGUUCUUGGGAUUCCCAGAGGUGAGAGUGUGCCUGUAGUGGCACUGUCAGGAGCUGCAGGUUGUCUGCUCCACCCUCCCAGCCGUGGCUGUGCCCUGCUCUGGUCCUGCUCUCUGUGAUGGGCCCCGGCUGAGUGGGGAUCCCUCAUGGGAGCUGCUGUGUGCCCGGGGGACAGUGAGUGGGACAUGCUGGGGCAGGAAUGGCAGCAAGAAGGACAGGAGCUGAGUGACCUGGGGGGCUUGCAGGGCCAGGCCAGGCUGGGGCUGCUGGAGUGGGUCCCUGUGUCCCAAUAAACUGCCCUUGAACCCGU